CCGCGGUGAGCUCUGAGCUCCAGACCCAUGGGUCUCCGCGCCGCCCUCCAGUCCGCAACAUGGGAUAAUUUCGGAUGGAGAAAGACGUGGGGGACAGAGUCAGCUGGGUGAACAGAGGAGCUGCAAGUUCACCUGAGACAUGGCACUGCCUUCCCCGUCUCCUCCCCGCAGGCGGUCCUUGGAGUGCAGCUGGUGGUGACAUUGCUCACCGCCACCCUCAUGCACAGGCUGGCCCCGCACUGCUCCUUCGCGCGCUGGCUGCUCUGCAACGGCAGUCUCUUCAGAUACAAGCACCCUUCGGAGGACGAGCUGCGGGCCCUGGCGGGGAAGCAGAAGCCCAGAGGCAGGAAGGAGCGGUGGGCCAAUGGCGGAGGUGAGGAGAAGCCAUUAUCUGUGCCCCGAGACACCCCGUUCCAGCUGGAGACCUGUCCGCUCACAGCUGUCGAUGCGCUUGUCCUGCGCUUCUUCCUGGAGUACCAGUGGUUUGUGGACUUCGCCGUGUACUCCGGGGGCGUGUACCUCUUCACGGAGGCCUACUACUACGUGCUGGGCCCAGCCAAGGAGACCAACAUCGCGGUAUUCUGGUGUCUGCUCACCGUCGCUUUCUCUAUCAAGGUGUUCCUGACCGUGACCCGGCUGUACUUCAGUGCGGAGGAGGGAGGUGAGCGCUCCGUCUGCCUCGCCUUUGCCUUCCUCUUCCUGCUCCUGGCCAUGCUGGUGCAGGCGGUGCGGGAGGAGACGCUGGAGCUGGGCCUGGAGCCAGGCCUGGACAGCAUGUCCCAGAACUUGGAGCCCCUUCUGAAGAUGCAAGGCUGGGACUGGGCUCUUCCUGUGGUCAAGCUGGCCAUCCGCGUGGGGCUGGCGGUGGCGGGCUCUCUGCUGGGUGCCUUCCUCACCUUCCCAGGCCUGCGACUGGCCCAGACCCACCAUGAUGCCCUGACCAUGUCUGAAGACCGGCCCAUGCUGCAGCUCCUCCUGCACACCAGUUUCCUGUCCCCGCUGUUCGUGCUCUGGCUCUGGACCAAGCCCAUGGCACGGGACUUCUUGCACCAGGCUCCCUUGGGGCGCACGUCCUUCUCGCUGCUGUCUGACUCCGCCUUCGACUCGCUGCGCCUCUGGGUGCUGGUGGUACUGUGCCUGCUGCGGCUGGCGGUGACCCGGCCCCACCUGCAGGCCUACCUGUGCCUAGCCAAGGCCCGCGUGGAGCAGCUGCGGCGGGAGGCCGGCCGCAUCGAGGCCCGCGAGAUCCAGCGGCGGGUGGUGCGGGUGUAUUGCUACGUGACUGUCGUGAGCCUGCAGUACUUGACUCCGCUCAUCCUCACGCUCAACUGCACGCUGCUGCUGAAGACCCUGGGCGGCUACUCCUGGGGCCUGGGCCCGGUCCCCACCCUGUCCCCCACCCCGUCUUCAGCCCACGAUGGCCUGGUCGGCCCCGAGGAGGAUGAGGCCCAGCAGACUGCAGCCCUGAUCGCCGGGGCCCUGGGCAGCCUGCUCACGCCCCUCUUCCUCCGCGGAGUCCUCGCCUUUCUCAUCUGGUGGAUCGCCGCCUGCCAACUGCUCUCCAGCCUCUUUGGUCUGUACUUCCACCAGCAUCUGGCGGGCUCAUAGCCCUCUUGCAGACACUCCUGUGGCCCCAGGGUUUGGUCCUGGGCCAGCGGGGCCCGGCUCACCCCCUCAGGGUCCCCAGGUGCAAGGCGCUCCCGGGAGUUCCUGCUGCGCGGCUCCCCCUUCACCACAGUGCCUGAGCCGUGGGCCCUGCCUUGGACGCUGAGCUUCUGCCUCGAAACCGCCUCCCCAGACCCAGCAGCAGAGGGUCCCACGGCCGGCCACUGUUCCCAGAAUGCCCCUGCCCAGUUUGACUGCAGUGGGCGUGUGCAGUGUCCAGGGGGCACUCUUCUGAACAAAUAAAGGAGCCAGCCGCUUUUAACAAACAGGA